AUGGCCUGGGGGAUAGGUCGUAAGAAGUUGUUCAGUGAAGCGGUUCGUGAAGAAACCUGGUACGUGGAGGAUUCGGACUCCGAGGAUGUAGCUGAAGCAAUGAGAGAAGAUGUUGCCGAGGAUUCGCCUGUUGAUGAGGAGGACCCCCGAUGCCCGACAAUAUGCUUUACCAAGGGGGAGCUGCGCAGUUACCGUAGAGAGUGGCGCUCGGCUAUCGUCGUCAAGGCCCUUGGCCGGUCGUUCCCGUAUCCAGUGAUAGCGAGAAGGCUAAACAUGCUGUGGGCUAAGAAUGGUCCAAUACAAGUUACCAAUAGAGCAAACAGAUUCCUGUUUGUGAGAUUCGCCCAUAAAAUCGACUAUGAACAUGCCCUCACAGGAGGCCCAUGGAUGCUUGGUGAUCACUACUUGACAACUCAAAAAUGGAAGAAAGGCUUUAACCCUCGUACUUGCACUGUUUCUUCUACUUUGGUAUGGGUGAGAUUACCGGAUCUUCCUAUUGAGCUGUUUAAUCCGCAAGCUGUCCUCCGUAUAGUAAGCAAAGCAGGGACUCCGGUUCGGGUAGAUCGAGCUACUGAGCUGGGAGCACGAGGACUGUUCGCUCGGGCCUGUAUAGAAGUUGACCUUACCAAGCCGCUGUUGUCGAAGUAUAAUGUCGAGGGGGUGGAAUAUGAACUUCAAUAUGAAGGCCUCUCAAAUGUUUGCUUUGAAUGUGGUUCCUAUGGUCACCAGAAGAGUCAUUGCCCUACAUUGCAUAGUGAAGAGCCUGAUACCCCACAACCCCGGACUGAAGCAACCCACGUAGCACCCCACCACGCUGAAAAUUAUGGGGAAUGGAUGAUCGCUAAAAGAAGAGAACGCCGCCCGUACCAGAAACAGAACUUCGGUUACAGUGAUGAGCGGUUCACGAGGAAACAUGACUCUGGCCGGGCCCAACCCACCGGAUCCCGAUUUGCUGUACUUGGUGAUGACGAAGGAGCUGAAGUGCCAUCUAAGGGAGGGGAGCGUACCACUGCCAGGAAAGACAAUAUGAUGGCCCCACUGGAAAGAGGGGGGAAUGAUACAGCAACCGGGAAAACACGUCACCCCCAGCGGGUGUGGGUGGAGAAACGGGGUUCGUACGCAGGUGAAUCUAAUGCCGAAACCGGUACACCCAUGGAGGGACCUAUUACGAAGGAACAGGUGGAGAAGUCAAAUGUGAGAAGCCAGACAUCGCUUAGAGCGGGAAAAGGUACGUUCGAGGGGGGCAAUGUGACAAUGGACAUGGAUCUCCAGCCCAUACCAAACGUGAAGGAGGGGGCCUCCGCCAACCCUCUCUUGGUCCAAGUGCAAGAAACUCAAAUGAAUCUAACCAGGGGUGAAGUGAUAGAGGAGCAUGGUGACAACCCUCUUCAGCAAGGGGAUAGCACCCGCACUACCCUGUUAGACCCCUCCACAAAUAGCAUGCAACCCAUGCAUACGAAGGAUAUGAUCGACGCAGUGAACAAGUUGGCGUCCGGAAACAGUGGGCAAGCUAAGCUACCGAUGGGCUCCCCUCCAGGGGCGUCAUCGUCAACGAACUAA